AUGAAGUCUCGUCGGCGGCGGAAGAACAGGACAGCCCCACAGAUCAAGGCCAAUGGCCGGAUUGAUUGGCUGGUGCUUUUGCCAGGUGCAACUCCGAGCUCUCUAAAUUUCCAGACCAUCAACUUGACGAAAAUCGAGCUUGCGACGAGUCGGUGCCCUGAAGACGACGAGCAUCCGGCACAUUUUCGCAUCCAGGCCGCCACAAUGUCGCGCUCACUACUGCGCUCCGUGCUGGAGCUGCGAACACCGCUCACGAGACUGCCGCCUUCAUUCCUCCUGCCCAUACAGUCGCGACGGCCCCUGUCGAGCACCAGCACCCGGCAAGACCAAUCGACGCGGAACAUCGUGGCCGAGGACGCCAUCCCGAAGCCUCCUGUCGCCGCCGAGCACCCCCUAACAUCAGACGACGGGUUCCCGCUGCCGCAGAAGGUCGGGUCCGCCACCCCCGAAGCCCUGUAUCCCAGACAACCUCAGACACCGAGCCCCCUCUCGCCCGAGUCCGCCCAGUCCAUAAGCCAGCUGCUGCCCUUGCUCAAGACGCAGCCCCAGCACUACAUAACCGCGCACAUCUGGGGGCGGCCCUACCUAGUGCAGGCCGGCGACUCGAUCCGGCUGCCCUUCAAGAUGCCCGGCGUGCUGCCCGGCGACGUGCUGCGCCUCGACCGCGCCUCGACGCUGGGCUCGCGCGACUACACCCUCAAGGGGGCGCCGUUCGUGGACGAGCGCCUGUUCGAGUGCCGCGCCACCGUCACGGGCACCGAGAGCGAGCCCCUCCGGAUCAAGGUCAAGACCAAGAGGCGCCAGAGGAAGAACAAGACCGUCAGGAGCAAGCACCAGUACACGAUCCUGAGGGUGACGGAGCUGAAGCUCAAGGGGCCAGAGGCCAUUGGCUUGUAA